GUCGACAACAGGAUGGCGGGGCGACGAGGCUUUGGCGGGAGGAGCCGAGAAGACCUUUUCGCUGAGGCAGAGAACGUCACGCGGUUGAUUGCGAAUUUGAGAGGCGGCGGUGGCGGCAGGGGGCGUGGAGGCGGUUUACCAGGCCCGCCGCCCCCGUACGAGCCCCGAUGGAGACCCGACCUGUCUCCACCCCGGGAGUGGGAGGAGCGCCCGAGGUAUUCUAGACCACCAUGGAGAGAGGAUCAUGACCGAUAUAAGCCGCCCCAUGAGCGUAUGGACUACCACAACCGGCCUGGGCCCCCAGAUCAGAAUUGGCGCCGAGGGAAACCACGGGGUGGAGGCGGGCCGAGGGGACAACCACCACCACUCAGGCCAGGAGAUCUCUUGACACCCCAGCACCUGGUGGAGAUACUUUCAAACAGCCAGGACCGCUCCAACAGCCUCCUGAUCCUGCUAGAGCAGCACGACCUGCCACCCGAGGAUGUAAGGAUCGUCGUUCAGACCCACGGCCACAUAUUCGUCCUGCAGAACGAGGUGGUGACGCUUGCUCCUCGCCUCAAGCUGUGUGGUGCUCACUCCAGCCCGGAAGGGUGCCAGAGCCGCGACACCUGUGAUGGCCUCCACAUGUGUCCCAAGUUUAUAUACAACUGGUGUGGAGAUAAUCAGACAUGUGUUUUGGGCCACAGGUGGCACACCGACCACAACAUGGCUAUACUCAAGAGGCUCUUCAUGGAGCGUGUCUCCUACUCUGUUCUGCGACAGCUACUACGAGGUGGCCAGAACCAGGGCCAGCGCCAGAGGCAGGGCCAGGGCCAGAGGCAGGCUGGCCCUUUGGGUGUGUGCAGGGACUACAACGAGGCCGGCUGUGACCAAGCGCACUGCUCCAGCCUGCAUGUGUGUCUUAGCUUCGUGUUGGGCCUCACUAAGUGCUCUAAUAAAAAAUGCCGCCUGAACCAUGACCUACUGGGCCCUGCCUGCUGCCAUCUACUUAAACAAUACAAACUGCCAGUGAACGAGGCUCCACGAGAUGUAGCCAUGGCCCUGUUGCAGGCCAACCCCGGCCUCAAGAACAUAUCUCCCUCCACCUCCAGUCCCGCAAAGUUUACAGGGCAGGGACGAACAAAGAAGGGCAACAGUGGCAAUGUUGCCCCAGACUUAGGCAGGCAACGGGGAACCAUGAAGAAGGACAAUGCCAAGGACUCAUCUUCAGACACAGAAGACGACUCUGACAGUGAAAGUGACUCCAAGAAGAGUCAUAGUUCCCAUGGCAAAGGAAAGAAAAUCCACAAUAAGAAAGAGCUCCCUGAACCCAAGAAGAGGAUGGAUCGUGCUACAAACAGGCAAGGGAAGAACACUGAUGAGUCCUCAGCAACAGAAACCGAAUCUGAAGAUUCUGAUGAUGACACUUCAAAAAAUAGUAGCCAACGUGACAACCUGCCAAAGAAACAACCAAACACCAAGAAACAGCCCAAGGCAAAUUCCAGUCCCUCCCAAGCAGAAGCAAGCAAGCAGAAGGCACCGGAUCCGCCGAAGCCGACCCCACGGCCCCGAACACUGUGGGCCCAUGAUCUCCAGGGAAACGUGGCCACACCAGAGAUCUGUUACUACUCAGUGGAGACCGUGUGUCGGGACGAAGCCACUGGGUGUUCGCGGCUGCAUUCCCUCACUCACUUCCACUGGCAGAUAUGCGUAAAUGAUCAGGAGGGCCGCUGGUUCAACCUUCGUCUUGAGCAGGCAGCCUGCAUUGAAAGGGCCUUCUGUGACCCUGACCUCAGCGGCGUGGACCUGCCUCGCCUAGACCCUUCCAAGCUGGAGUCCUCCGUCAGAGGUCUUUUCAUCCAUCUGGGCCGCGACGUUUGGCACGCCGACUUUCAGACCAUGAGCCUCACCAACCCCUCGAAGAGCAAGAACUUCCAGCUACGGCGGCUGUGUACACAGCUGGUGGCGGGCCAAACCAUCGAGGCGGCAACUCACCACUGGUACUUCCAGGAUAUUAACAAGAAGUGGGUGAAGUACGGCAAAGCAGACACCGCUGACAGGAAAGACCUCGUCAGCAGCCUUACUUCCGCGGACAUCGAGAAGCAUUACUUACAGAACCCAAAACAGACAAUCACCUUCAACAACUCCAAAUUCACCUAUGUCUUGGACUUAACUGCCAUGAAACAAACAAACCAGUCGACACAGGUGAGUCGAGAGGUGCGGCGCAGGCCCGAGCCACACAUGCCAGAAGAGGAGACAGGUGAUAAGGCCAAAACCAAUAAAGAAUCAGACCUUCCCCAGCACUGGGAGGCCAUGCAGCCUGAGGAACGCUCUCGCCUGGUUGUCUUGGCCCCGACCUCAGAUGAGUGCAAGAAGGUGGUUGCUCUUAUCGGCUUGGGUGUGUCACCCUCUAACGUAAUCCAGGUGGAGCGCAUUCAGAACCCAUUCAUGUGGCGCUCCCUACAGAACAAGAUCAAGGAGAUGACCGCCAUAUACAAGGACCCGGCCAAGGUGGAUGUGCGGCAGCUGUUCCACGGUACCUCGCACAGCGUGGUGCCCAGCAUCUGUGCCGAGAACUUUGACUGGCGGCUCCACGGCUCAGCCAGCGGGCAAAGUUAUGGGCGAGGAACCUACUUUGGCACUGACGCAAAGCUUUCUCUUGGGUACUGUCGGGCAGAUUCCAAUAACUUGAAAUACAUGUUUGUGGCGAGGGUGGCCGUUGGCUCCAUGGUUGUAGGUAACUCAAGCAUGGUGCGGCCUCCCAUCAACCCUGUCACCUCCAUGCCCUUCGACUCGACCGUGGACAACCCCACCAAUCCUAGGUUAAUUGUCAAGUACAAAACCGAGGAGUACUACCCAGAAUACCUCCUAAAACUCAUCUAGCAGCCUAGUCAGUCGCCCCCACCCUAAGCACCCUAACACUAACAGGGUCUUCAGUGUUUAAGGGUUCCAAGACACCAAAUGGGGAAGUCGACUAUCCAAAACGAUGCCUCUGGUCAUGGUUGAAAUUUCUUGAUACUAAAAAAACCUAUAGAUAAAAACCUUAUCUUACCGACACCAUCUGAUUGUAGCUGAUAUAACCCACUUAACUUGCUUGACCUUCACGUGAAAAGACACUCCUACAAUGUGCGUAACUUAGGCAGAAAUACAUCGGUUAAAAUGAAAAAAUGUCAGAGAUAGGCAGAAAAGGGAGGGUGAACUAGUGCAGGUGAAUGGUGGUCUAUAAUUUCACUUAUUACCAAUGAAGUUAUUUGAUUUACUGUAUAAUAACCAAUAUUGUACUUUAUUUCCAUUGAAUUGGGUAGCUGUAAGGGAUGAUAUAUUUACUGGAAAAUAAUAAAACUUCCCAAAGUA